GCUCUUGUAGCACUCUCGGGCGACAGCUUAGACACGAGUAGACAAGACUGGACUGCAUUCUCGAUGAGGAUUCUCGACCUAACCAUGCAUGAUAUUGUAAUUCAAGAGUGGAUGACCACAAUAGGUGCAAAUUGUAAGGUCCAAUACAAUAAUCGAGAUAUGGCAGGACUACCGACCGGUCUAUAUGGAGACGUUCCAUGGCAUACAGGAGCACGUCGGCUUUUUGUUCGUCGGGGAGAAAAGCAACGACAUCUCGAAGACUUGCUUCAAGAAUUUUUGGGUUGAAUGUGCUCAUUUCAAAGCUCCUAAUGCAAUCUUUUUAGACAGCCCUCGGGGCCAGAACAACGUUGAGUCGUUUGACCUGUGAUGAAAAGCCGCGAGCACUAGCAGAACCUUUUCUUAGACGUGUCGACUCGUCUUAGGUUGUAUUUCGCCCUUCGGUUACCGCCAGAUAGAGAGGUUGAAACUUCAAGCCGUAGGUUUGAGUGUUGUUAACGAUGCAAGAAAGGGGUGUGGGUAAGUUUGACUGGGGAGGUAACAUGAUGCGCUUAAAUAAGAUAAGAUAAUUCAUAUUCAAAAUAGCCGAUUCGUUCCGAACGUACGGCAUCCUCAAGAAGAUCGCUCAGAAAACCAGAAAACAGGGAAAGGUACGAAUUUCGCUUCGAAACGGUGUAGAUACGUAGAACUGGCUUGCGUACGUGAGCCACAACAAUAAUUUGUAGAGGGAACACAAAAGGCGCCUUAGAAUGAGAUAGACGCCUUCUCCAACUCCCAACGUCCAUAGAGCUUGAGCGAGUUUGCUAAUUUGCAUCGAAUCUUGGAACGACCACUAAAAUGGUCGAAAUUACCAUACGAAAAAGGCCCAGAACAGAUGCCGUUGUAACCCAACGCAAGUUCUUCAAAAAAACUGCUCGAGGCAAAGUGAUCAAAGUCAUACGAGAGCGAUACCUUCGCAACGAUGUCAGCUGCGGAAUAGAACAUUGUGGGUUAUGCGAGUCCGGCAGCGAAGCAACACUCCCAGCCAGCGGUGCUUUCGAUCAUGAGCUCUAUCCCAAUGGUCAUCUCAUAGUUCCGGACACGAAUGUCUUUCUAUCUCAGAUGGAUCUUAUGGAAUCCAAUUCAUUCAACCCUCACAUAGUCCUCCUACAAACUGUCAUGGAAGAAGUCCGACAUCGUUCAUUACCUCUCUUCAAUCGUCUAAAAGGGCUGGUCAAGGCAGAGGAUAAAAACAUUUGGGUGUUCUACAAUGAAUAUCGAUCCGAGACCGCUGUGAUUCGCGAGGAGGAAGAGACCCCUAACGACCGCAAUGAUAGAGGUAUUCGUAAGGCCACUGCUUGGUACAAUGAACACCUAUCUUUGGCCAGACCACCAAUCCGCGGCAAACUGCAACCACCGUUGCCAACUGCUAUUCUUUUGACAGAUGACGUUGCCAACCGUCAGAAGGCAGAGAAAGAUAGAAUUCCAUGCAUUUCGAUACGGCGCUACGUUGAAGGUAUGAAGAAGUCAGGCCUACUGCUGGACCUUUUGUCUACGGCCGGGGAGGAGAUCGAGCCCACUAAGGCGGUCGCUGCACGUCAAGUUCUUUAUCCGGCUUAUCUGCCAAUGUCGACCCUUCUAGCCGGUGUCAAAGCUGGUCAACUACAUCAAGGACAUUUCAACGCUAAUCAGUACAACUAUCUUGAGGGGAAUGUUCCAGCUCCUGCGUUCUCGAAACCUGUACUUCUGGUCGGACGAGAGCACAUGAAUCGUGCGGUUCAAGGCGAUAUUGUAGCCGUUGAGAUUUUCCCGGAGUCGGAGUGGAAAGCUCCCGCAGAUGAAGUCGUCGACCAGGAAGCAACACUCAGGAACGACGAUGCAUCUGAUUCCGAAGAAGAGCGUGAGGAUGACGAGGCUCUCGCUGAGCAGAAACUUCUUGCAGUGGAAGCGGCGAAGCGCAGAGCUGCUGAAAGACAACCAACUGGUCGUGUUGUGGGCAUCAUCAAGCGGAAUUGGCGAUCGUAUGUCUGUCAUAUAGACAGCACAUCGCUGACAUCAUCAAACACCACUUCUCUUUCUCAACAAACUGUCUUUGCAACACCCGUUUCUCGUCUCCUUCCUCGCAUUCGACUUCGUACUCGCCAAGCACCGACACUUGUUGGCCAGAAGAUCCUAGUGACAAUCGAUCGUUGGCUUGCCACUUCUCGCUAUCCCGAGGGACAUUUCGUUCGUGCACUUGGCAAGGUUGAAACCAAAGAGGCGGAGCAAGAAAGUUUGCUUCUAGAGUUCGACGUACCGUACAGGCCAUUUGGAAAAGCUAUCCUAGACUGUUUGCCUCAACAGGGUGAUUCGUGGAUCGUUCCGCCAAAAAGUACCACCAGCCCAGAAUGGAGGGAUCGAGAAGAUCUUCGGGAGUUACUCAUUUGCAGUAUCGAUCCUCCUGGAUGUCAAGAUAUCGAUGAUGCUCUCCAUGCACGUCUUCUGCCAAAUGGAAACAUAGAAGCUGGUGUCCAUAUUGCUGAUGUUUCACAUUUCGUUCUUCCCGACAAUCCAAUGGAUCACGAAGCCGCUGCUCGCGGAACAACCGUCUACCUUGUGGAUAAACGGAUAGACAUGUUGCCUGCGCUCCUUGGAACAAACCUUUGUUCUCUUCGUCCACAUGUCGAACGUCUUGCCUUUUCGGUGAUCUGGGAGUUGACACCCGAUGCUGAGAUCGUCAAUGUGCGAUUCACCAAGUCUGUCAUUGCCUCAAAGGAGGCUUUCACGUACGAAGCAGCCCAGCUGCGCAAAGACGAUCCGAACCUCAACGAUGACCUCACCAAGGGCAUUCGUCUCCUCAAUUCGCUUGCAAUCAAGAUCAAGGCAGCGCGGAUGGCAGCUGGAGCCUUAAACCUGGCUUCUCCAGAAGUCAAGAUUCAGAUGGACAGCCCUGAAUCUUCGGAUCCUAUCGACGUUGAACAGAAAGAACUUCUUGAGACGAAUAGUCUCGUAGAAGAGUUCAUGCUGCUGGCCAAUAUAAGUGUCGCAAAGAAGAUUCAAGAGACGUUCCCGCAGACUGCGGUUCUGCGACGACAUUUACCCCCACCAAAAACGAACUUCGAGAAGCUGCAGGAUAUUCUCAUGAAGCGGAAAGGGAUGGUGUUAGACGUCUCCAGUUCGGGCGCGUUGGCAGCUUCCCUUGAUAAAUGUCUCGAUCCAAGCGAGCCUGCUUUUAAUACUCUCGUCCGAAUCAUGGCUACCCGCUGUAUGUUAUCAGCUGAAUACUUCUGCUCAGGCAGCGUGUCGCGCGAUACCUUUGGACAUUAUGGUUUGGCGAGUCCUAUAUACACUCACUUUACGAGUCCGAUUCGACGAUACGCAGAUGUUCUCGUCCAUCGUCAGCUCUCUGCAGCAAUCUCCUACACCACCCUUCACCCAAGCCUUCACUCGAAGUCUCAUGUUGAGCGUACCCUUGAUGUAGUGAACAAACGUCACCGGAUGGCUCAGAUGGCUGGUCGUGCGAGUGUGGAAUUCUUUGUUGGACUGGCUUUGAAGGCACGGGGAGAGAAGCAGACUGUGACGGAAGAUGCUUUCGUCAUCCGAACGUUCAGGAAUGGGUUAGGUGUAUUCGUCUCCAAGUGCGCUUUCGUCAUUCUGGUUCAUCCCGUGUUAUUUCUGAUUUGUUUUAUUAGGUUGGGGAUCGAGGGGCUCGUAAUGUUCAAACGCGAAAUCCAGUUCGACGCGGACAAAUACACUAUCACUGUGCCAUCCGACAACGGCGAUACGACCAUUUCCGUUUUCGACAAGGUCACGGUGCGGAUAGAGGUGGAGAAGGAUGCCAAUACGCAAAGAGGCAAGGUAAAGAUGACCUUGGUCAACCCCAUCAAUUCGAGUGCACUGUAGGAUAGCAAUCGAAAUUCUUCGCGGGAAGUCUAUGUGAGGAGGCGUGGAACGAGUGCUCGUCAUUGUGGGAGUGCAGUUGAGCUAUUUUCUCCGAAAUCCCAAAGCUUCACGGAGUUGUCCACGACAGCAGGUUGCAGCUUUGCGCGACGCUUCUUGACUCCAAGUUGCCUCUCCUGUUGAACAAGUUCGGAGUCGACAACGUCCUCGUUGCCUUCAACAUCAGAUUCUUCAUUCUCAGACGAAUCUGAAGUGGACGCAAGGGUAGACUCGAAGUGUCUUGAUCCUGACGCCGAUAACAGAAGUGCCCGCAAGGGGUGGAAGGCGACAGAGCCUAUCGUGUCUAGAAGAAAUAAUAUUAGACAUGUAUAUAGACAUUAGUAGCGGGAGCAAGACAUACCGUCAUGGGCAUGAUACUUCAGUGUUGGUGAAAUGUCUCUUCGCGGAGGGAGAACCACUUCCUCGACGUUAUCGGCGUCUGGUGAGGACAAGUCAAACAUGGAGACAUCGCCAUGCUGGAGAUUCGCAAUUCAAUAAAACUGCCAUGGACUUAGAAAGCUGAAAACCCGGACCUCAUCGCCGAUAGCUAACCAAUUUCCGCCUAGGUCGACAUCGAAAUGCAUCUUCUGGUUCGUCUCUAUAACGUUUCUCUUGACAUUUGCUUCGCCGCUUCGACUGAAAGUUUGUAUCGGUGAACCUAAGUCCCCUCGGAGAUCCCAGCAGUAUAUCGUAUCGUGUCUCCUGAAGCAUGCGUAGAGUAAAUAGGGCCUGAACGGGUUGAACAUCACCUGUAGAAAUGUAUGUUAACACCGC